CCUCGCUGUAGGACGUUGGCACAACAGGAACACUUUCCCCCCAAGUCCCGUCGUGGGCCUUGGGCCGUCCUCACUGCACCUUCAGCAAAGGACUUCACCACAUUGUCUCCAGCUCUACCUCAGAAAAACGGGACACGAGGUGGAGACUUCGACCAUGAGUUCCGGCUACAGGAAAGACGGAAACGUGGCUACGAAUAAUCUUGGGAUGCGCAAGAGCUGCGGUGCAUGUGGGCGAAAGAAAAGAAAGUGCGAUGGCCUGAUGCCUUGCAGCCGGUGCCUGCGAGCUGGGGUUCGAUGCACCUACAGCAAGCGGAAGCCGCAUCAGCCUCAGCUUGGGCGCCAGCACCAGCGCCGUCCACGUGGUCCCGCUGGAGUGCAGACGGCGGACAUGUUCCGCCCCUCGGCAUCCGGCACACUCCUGCCCGGCGGUAUGCUGCCCCUGAAGAGGUUGAAGUUGAGUGCAUCUCCGGCGACCGGGCUUGUGGGAAUGCAAGAGAACGCAUUCCUGAGUGACUUCUUCGGCUGCGUUGGCUUCAUGCCGUUCACCUCUCGAAGUCAUAUCCGUGGAGCGAUGGUGAGGAUGAUGGCCCGCUCCACUGCCCAACACCAGCCUGGUGCUCGGCACAACUCCCCCGAGCAAAGCCAGUUCGGCGACACCUUCACCGAGGACGGUAUCACCCCGGGAAAUCAGCUCUUGACGGGUCCCUCCUGUUGCACGUUUUGGUGUGCAGUUGGUAUGGGGGCUCUUGCGAAGGGCAGCCCUGUUGAGUCGGUUGCGAACUACUCCCGACUGGCGAGAGAUGCAAUGGAUGCCUACACUGGUCCUGUGGAUGCCGACGUGGCAGAGGCGUGGGCGAUCCUGGGGUACUUCUACGGUUUCAUGGGAGACACGGCGACGUUUGAAGAGUACCUCAAGCUUUCGGACUCCUUUUUGAUUGCUUCCAUCGAACAAGGGUCAACUGGCACGCUACCAUCGGGAUUCCCCGAGAUAGUCCACUACAAGGAGUGCGUUAAGGUGUUCUGCGGAAAUGUAGACGCUGUGGAUACCGGCUCGUUCACUCGGCAUCAAGAUCGUCCACAGAUCAACCCAGCUGCAACCGAAGAGGACGUAUUUCGGUUUGUUGCCCAGUCAGUUGAGGCGUUCGUGCAACUUGUCGUCGAGGAAGCUUGCGGGAAGAGAGCGACUCGCAGCUGCUCGAGCGAUGAUGGGCCCUACGAGGAGGAUAGAGGCGAUGCAAGCCCGCACGGCAACGCCCCCCGGGUGGAAGAGAUAUCAGAUGCCAUGGUGACUGGUUUCAAAAUUGGCCUGCUCGACUUCGAAAACCUCCAAGAAGCAGUGGAUCUACCAAACGUUCGGACGGGCAUGGGCGGCUUCCUCAUUAAUAUGAACCUGGUAUUUCACAGGGCAGCGAACGGGGACGCUGUUGGGAUGCUGGAGAAGAUAGGGCAUUGCGUCGAGGUCCUUGAGCGCUACCCUGGCGUUUGUCGCUUCAUGUUAGGAUGGUGCCACCUUGUGCAUGCUGCCCUGGCAGCCCUAGCAGCGAUGGACGAUUGCAGAGCUCGAGGGCUGUACAACCGAUUGCGGGAGGCCUACAAUCAGUUUCGACCCUCUGCGUCUCUGCCAGCACCGCCGUUGGAGGCGUGGCAAGGGCUCUCUGCAUUCUGCGACCAUUUUCAUUGCAUGUUGUUUGGGGGCGUCAUCGCGAGUGAAAGAUUAAGCGUUUUCACUACCCCACCCUACUCUUCUAGAAACGGUGCCGGCUUCCAACAGGAUCAUUUGAAGGGAGAGGAUGUGCCGGUCGUCGACGAGGAACAUCAUAUCGGUAUCGUGUGGGGGGGUGUCACUCCCGAGGAAGCUACCAGCUCGAUCAUGGAUGUCCUUUGCAGCAACGGAGACAAACCAAUGGCAUCUACUAGCUCGUGGGAGUGGAACCAUGAGCGUGCGCUACAAAUGAGCCCACCAGCCCGGUCGCGCCCGUCUUCUUCAAAUGUCCACCGCCGUGAAUCAAGCAAGGAUGGAAUACAAUUUACUGACCUGUUCAGCAAUGAGGUAGAGAGGUGUGGUGAGGACGUCUUUUCUGGGGUGAUGGCCCAAUACCCGGAUGAUGGAUUCACAUUGCCGGAGUUGAGAGAGUUGGACGGGACCACACAGGACACCAUGGAUGAUGCAAUUGCCGUCCCUGACUGGCUGGAUACUACUCAUGCUAUGUUGGACGAAGUUGGCGAUAAAAGUCCGGGCAUUUGACGUUGGCGAUGUUUUUGGUUGCUUGUGCCCACCCACUGGCCCGUAAUAUAUGUGGGACGUGCCAACUUGGAGAAAGAGUUUUCACCGUGUCGGUUGAACAACCUGCACAACAACUUGAAUUUGGCAUCUGAUGCAUGGGUACCGUAAUUGUGCAUGUUAUGGCACCCAUCUUUGAUUUUGCGCCCAUCGGUGCUAUGGCACCGGGAUGGUUUAAUUGCAUUUCCGC